AGUCUCUAUCUCAUCGUCACCGGGUUACAUUCUCGGAGAAAUUUAAAUCUAACAAUACAUAGCUAAUUAUUACUUUAAAAAUAUUACUUUAUAUAAAACCGAAUUGUUUUUCUGGCAUUCGUUUUACAGACUCAAAGGUGCUUUUAUUCAUCGUAAUAAUAAUUACCUAUAUCUAAGCCAUGGAUUUCAUGAAGGUCAUUGACCAAACCGUCCGCGAAAUAAAGAGGGAGGUCAAUUUGAAAGUUUUGAAAGUUCCUGAAAUCGAGCAGAAGGUGUUGGAUGCGACUGAUGAUGAACCUUGGGGUCCUCAUGGUACUGCAUUGGCUGAGAUUGCACAGGCGACAAAAAAAUUCUCCGAGUGUCAGAUGGUUAUGAAUGUUAUAUGGACAAGAUUGGCUGAAACUGGCAAGAAUUGGCGUUUCGUUUACAAGGCAUUGGCUGUUAUAGAGUAUUUAGUGGCACAUGGAUCUGAACGUGCAGUUGAUGACAUAGUAGAACAUACUUUCCAAAUUUCAUCUCUUGCAAGUUUCGAGUAUGUGGAGCCAAGUGGGAAGGAUGUGGGAAUUAAUGUGAGAAAGAAGGCAGAAACUAUUGUGACUCUUUUGAAUGACAAAGACAAGAUUCAAGAGGUCAGAAAUAAAGCUGCUGUCAACCGUGAUAAGUACUUUGGCCUUUCAUCAACUGGAAUUACGUACAAAUCAGGCUCUGCAUCAUUUAGUAGCGGCAGCUUUCAAAGUGGUGAUCGCUAUGGUGGUUUUGGCAGUACAAAAAAUGGUGAUUCAUUUAGGGAUAGUUACAAGGAUAGAGAUAGGUAUGAUGAAGAUAAGUUUGAGCAAAGCACUUCUGUCAAACCACAUCGAGAUUCUGAAAGCAGUCAGGGGAACACCUCAAGAAAGGGUUCUUCUCGUCAUGGCAGCAGCAAGGGUCAAGAAACAAAGUCAGCUGAUGUGUUAAGGACAACAAAGAACACAGAUGAGCAUGACAAAUAUGCUUCAAUGCCCCAAGGUUCUAGUCAUUUGACGAACAAUGAUGAUGAUGAAUUUGAUGAUUUUGAUCCUCGAGGGACUUCUAGUGCUAAGCCUUCUACUGGUACUUCUCACCAAGUGGAUCUAUUUGGGCAAGACCUAUUAGGUGACUUUAUGGAUGCUCCAACCCCAGCUUCCACAGAGAAGUCUACCACAAAAGCCGAUCAGUCAGAUGUUGAUUUAUUUGCUGAUGCUACCUUUGUAUCUGCAACAUCCCCUACGGAAGCGAUUUCUAGUUCUGGUGGUCAGAAAAGUGUUGAUCUAUUUGCCUCCCAGCCUGCUCCUUCAUCUGCGGUUUCUUCAACUGUUGAUUUUUUUGCUGCACCAGAUCCAGUCACAGUCACUCAAUCUGAUGCAAAGUCCACAAACCAGAUGACCAGCAGUGCAGUUGACCCAUUUGCUGCAGUUCCUCUGAACAAUUUUGAUGCUUCUGAUCCUUUCGGUGCAUUUGCCCAAAAUCCUGCUAAUGAUAGCAGCCCUAGCAGCUUAAAUGGUACUCCUUUAGAUAAGCCUGGCAGUCAAAGCAACUUGAAUGGAUCUUCUGUCGAUAGCAAGCCACCACCGAAGAAGGAUGGAUUUCAAGUUAAAUCUGGAAUAUGGGCAGAUUCUCUGAGUCGUGGUAUAAUUGAUCUCAAUAUAGCUGCACCCAAGAAGGUCAACCUAGCAGACGUUGGGAUUGUUGGUUUAACUGAUGGAUCAGAAGAAAAGGAGAAGGGUCCUCCCCCUUCGUUCUACAUGGGAAGAGCCAUGGGUACGGGAUCAGGCCUUGGUAAAUCUGGUUUCCCUUCGGCAUCAUCUGAAGGAGACGAUUUUUUCUCCAGCUUGAGCAGCCAACAAUAUCAAUUUGGCGGGUUCAAAAAGUGAUUUCCGUUUUCUGAUUUGCAAAAAGAUCCAAUAUGAGCUUAUUCUUUUGUGAAUUUUUUUUUUUUUUUUAAAAACAGAAGUAUGAAUUUGAUGGUGCUAUUAUAUAUACAAUUUUUAGCGCCAGUAUAUGAACAUACGGUAUUCAUCUUCUGCGGAUUAUAGUUCUGUUCAAGUGUCUUCCGUCAUUGUCUGUAGAGUUGUAUGGAAUAUUCUGAGGCCUUGACUACCAGUUUAAUCGAGGAAUCCCUUUGAUCC